GGGUUCUUAAGAAGCUCGUUCAUGCCUCUCCUCUCGACCUCCUCGCUUUGAUUUCAUGGAUUUUCAAUGGAGCUACGAGAUCCCUCGCACCGUUGAGUUCAUCCGAAGUCGAGGUUUCUCCCGUGUUGCCCUCCAGUUUCCGGAUGAGCUUCUCAAGGACUCCAUGGGAGUGGCGAGGGCGCUGAGGCAUGAGCUUGGAAAAGGUGUGAGGUUGUAUGUGAUGGCGGACACGGCUUAUGGUAGCUGCUGCGUCGACGAGGUUGGGGCUUCCCACGUUGAUGCUGAAUGCGUUGUUCAUUACGGCCAUGCCUGCAUGAGCCCAACUUCGACUUUACCAGCACUAUUUAUUUUUGGCAAAGCCUUCAUCAAUGUAAACGCUUGUGCUGAAUCAUUACUUCAGUGUCUAUCAGUCAGCAACAAGCCUGUUCUGGUGCUAUAUGGCCUGGAAUAUGCACAUGCUCUGCAGGACCUCAAAUCAGUUAUGUCUAGAUUAUUGUCUUCAAGGGGGUCCAAUCAAAUGCUCUACUAUUCUGAGGUUGCUCAUUCAAGCAUAAAUCCAUCUGGAUAUCAUAUUAAGGACAUAAAGCUGCCUGAAUCUCAUGAAGAUGCCAUUACUGAUGGUGAGAUCAUCAAGAAUGGAGAAAGUGAAGUGAGCAAUAAACUGGAAUCUGGUACUAAAUAUAGUCUUGGAGGGCUGACUUGGACUACACAAUCAGAGCACAAGAUGGAGGACCAUUUAUUGUUCUGGAUUGGGUCAGACAACUCAGCUUUUGCAAAUAUGGUGCUCACAUUUAACACCUAUGAAAUAGUUAGGUAUGAUGCUGAGGAAGGUAAGCUGCUAAAUGACUUCUCUCAACAGACAAGGAUUCUUAAACGAAGGUACUUCCUUGUGGAGAAGGCGAAGGAUGCAAAUAUUGUUGGCAUCAUAGCUGGAACCUUGGGUGUUGCUGGUUAUCUUCAUAUAAUUCAGCAAAUGAAAGAACUUAUUGAGAAGGCUGGGAAGAAGUGCUAUACAAUAGUUAUGGGAAGACCAAACCCAGCCAAACUUGCUAACUUUCCAGAGUGUGAUGUUUUUGUGUAUGUCUCUUGUGCCCAAACCGCUCUUUUGGAUAGCAAAGAAUUUCUUGCUCCAGUCAUCACCCCUUUUGAAGCUGUAUUAGCUUUCAGUAGAGGAAGACAAUGGACUGGAGAAUACAUAUUGGAAUUUCAGAAUUUGAUAGCUUCUGAUGCAACUGAAAUUGUUGAUGACAAUGAAGGUGCUCGUUUUUCUUUUCUUAAAGGCUGCUAUGUGGAAGAUCUUCAGCCUCAAGAAAACAAUGGGGAUCAAAAGGAAAUGUCCCUGGCCCUGGCAGAGCUGACAGAGAAGGCUCUGAAUGUGAGAAACCAGUGCACAGACUCGGUUUUGUUCAAAGGAACAGCAAGGUCAGGUGCAGAAUACUUGGCGGCGCGAUCCUAUCAAGGUCUCAAUAUGCAGUAUGAGAAUGCUCCACUCCAAUCUUAUGUUGUAGGUCGAACCGGUCGUGCAUCUGGUUAUGACGAUGAAAUCGAAUAAGUACUCCUUCCAUUAUUUUGCUUGCUAUUUUCUUCAGAUUACUUGUAGUGGAAUUUGUAAAUUCCUCUGUUGAGGUUCACAAGUUUGUUUAUUUAUCUGAAAAUGAAGAUGCAUGAGGAAAGCAUUUGUUAAGAAACCUUUUAAGAAUUCUUGUACUGAUGAGUUAAAGGGUUUUUUAGUUUGUUGUCCUUUGUCCUUCAUCUGCGAUGAAGAGGAAUGGAGCUUUUGGUUACCUAUGAAA